AUGCCGGAUGACUAUCCCCAAGUGAAAGGAUCGGAGGUAUGGAGACGAAAGUUCCGCACAAGAUUUAGAAAUCUUGAUUCCGAUGGUGACGGUUUUGUGUCGGCAAAUGAUUACGUCAUGGGCGCCCUGCUUGUGGCCGAACGCAUUGGAUUAGGUGCAAAACGCACAAAUGCCUUGCUAGAGAGCAGACUUCACGUAUGGAAGAACAUCUCCACCAAUGGAACGGGCGUGGACACAGUCACCGAGGAGGAAUUCAUCAACAACGUCCUGGCAAGCGUCAACUCGUCCAUCCGCCAUUACAUACCCACCCACGGCAGCCUGUUCGUUCUGCCAAAGAGGGGGUUCAAAAAGAGAGAAUUUCAGUUGAAUAAGAUGCCAGAUGACUAUCCCCAAGUGAAAGGAUCGGAGAUGCCAGAUGACUAUCCCCAAGUGAAAGGAUCGGAGGUAUGGAGACGAAAGUUCCGCACAAGAUUUAGAAAUCUUGAUUCCGAUGGUGACGGUUUUGUGACGGCAAAUGAUUACGUCAUGGGUGCCCUGCUUGUGGCCGAGCGCAUUGGAUUGGGUGCAAAACGCACAAAUGCCUUGCUAGAGAGCAGACUUCACGUAUGGAAGAACAUCUCCACCAAUGGAACGGGCGUGGACACAGUCACCGAGGAGGAAUUCAUCAACAACGUCCUGGCAAGCGUCAACUCGUCCAUCCGCCAUUACAUACCCACCCACGGCAGCCGUGAGUUCGAUACCAUCGACCAAGAUGGCGUCGGGUUUGUCUCUCCUAAGGAUCAUGAGCAAUUCUUUUAUGGAAACGCCAUUCCCGUUCAUUUUUCUCCGGAAAUUUUCAAAGUUCUCGAUGCCAACGGAGAUGGGAGAUUGAACAGAGAGGAGUUCGUUCAAGGAUGGGUGGAUUUUCUUUUGGGUGAAGAUCCUGAAAGCCCGUAUCAUUGUUUUCUUGGUCCAUUGGUUGACUGA